GUGUUGAAAUCAAAACAAACUCUUCGAAAUAAUAAAGUGAAUUAAAAAUAAAAUGGCAAAUUCGGGGCGCGGUUAUUUGAUAAUUUUUAAUAUGCAAGACGGUCGAGAAGGAUCCAAUGUGGAUGCGGACAAUUUAACAAGGGUUUUUACAUUAAUGGGAGCAGAAGUUCAUGCUCGCAUAGAUGAUCCUUCUGAAAAUGAUAUUAGAAAAGUAAUGGGACAGAUUAAAAAAAUGGAUUUUUCUGACUACUCAUAUGUGGCAGUUGCUUACUUAUCUCAUGGAUCUGAAGACGAUCUUGUUAAAACAGAUCUUGAAAUUAUUAAAGCACAAAAGUCAAUAUUAAUUCCACUUUGCAAUAUUCCAUCCCUGGAUGGAAAACUCAAAUGGUUAAUUAUGCAAACCUGUAGAGGGUCAUAUGAUUUUUUGAAACAAAAAGCUGAAGGAGCAGUUCAAUUAAUAAAAUAUCCUAAUUAUUAUGCGAAAUUUUUUGCUACAUCUGAAGGCAUGCACGCUUAUCGCACAGAAUAUGGAUCUUAUUUUAUACAUUCUCUUUGUUCAAGACUUGAAAGCGAAUAUAAAAAUCAAGAUAUUAUCUCAAUCAUGGAAAUGGCAACACUAGACGUCGAAGACAUAUGCAAAGCAAAGACAAAUUUUAGAUUUAUCCAAAAACCAGAACCAGAAUGGAAUUUUCAAAGCAAAAAAUUUUUUAUAACUUCGGGAUUUAGUAAUAACUAAUUCAAAUGAUUUUUACCUAAACUUACUUAAAGAUUUAUAUAAAUAAAGUA